UCCUGCGCGGGCCAUGAUUGAUGACGUCAGGCUGUGUCAGAGGACUUGUGAAGAUGGCGGUCACGGCACCUGUUCUAGUCUCGCGGCGAAUGAUGGGCACCCUAAACAAGUGGUACUACAAUCUUGCCGGAUUUAAUAAACUAGGGUUAAUGCGUGAUGACACAUUGUAUGAAGAUGACGACGUGAAAGAAGCCAUUAAGAGGCUACCUCCCAAAGUUUAUGAUGAAAGAGUAUUUCGCAUCAAAAGAGCUCUGGAUCUUGAUGGGAAAAAGUCCAUCCUGCCCAAAGUGCAAUGGACAAAAUUUGAAGAGGAUGUCCGCUAUCUGGAGCCCUACCUAAAAGAAGUGAUCCGUGAAAAAAAAGAGAAACAAGAAUGGAACAAGAAAUAAGGCGAUGACUAUUCUUUUACAGACAUUUUGUUAUAUUUAUGUAAGAUUGAGUGACGUUCACCAAUCUUCAGACUGAAUAUUGA